UCUCUCUCUCUCUCUCUCUCUCUCUGUUCCUAGUUUCUGCUUCUUAUUCUAAACACAUAAUAUUUUAUAAUAUGCAAACCAGAAAUUUUGUCUGCCAACUUGCAUCACCCCAUUUGCAUGAACAGUGAUCCUGUGAUCUCUUCUUUGCUAGUCCCUUGACUUAAUUAUACUACCUUUCUUUAUAUUUCAGACUUUCUAUACCAUUCAGCUUCUCUGCCUUAGGCUUUCCCUUUCAAUUUUUUCCAAUCCUUUUAUCACCCGAAUUCAUUCUCUCUUAAAUAGAAACUUUGUUCUGAUCACUUUCGACAUACUAAUCGUUGCUCUAAUAUCUCAGAAACAUGAGCAAGCUUUCUUCCCCGCAACCCAGUUUGAAUUGGACAGCCAAACAAAACAAAUUGUUCGAAAACGCUCUGGCAACAUAUGAUGAGGAAACCCCUGAUCGUUGGCACAAGAUAGCCAGGAUUGUUGGAGGGACGACUGAAGAGGAAGUGAAGAGGCAGUAUGAGAUCCUUCUAUCAGACAUCAAGCGCAUUGAGUCAGGCAAAGUUCCCCUUCCUAAGUAUAGGAAAGUUGGAGCAAGUAACAUCAGCAAUGAAGAAAAGAGGCUGAAGAUCCUAAAGCUCUAAAGGAAGACGCCCUCCAGAAGUAGACAGAGCACCAAAUUCCUCUUAAGUGGAUCUAGAAAUUAACUCAUAACACCCCACUCCCCCCUACCCCUUUCCCUUUUUUGUUCCUGUAACUUCUAGAUGCAAUAUACUUUUGUCUUGCACAUGUACCCAGGAAGAAUCAUCCCAUAUGCUAUUGCUUACUUAUUUCUCA